ACGUGAACACACGUCAGACGAGCAGUGUUGGAGGAUCAUGGCGGAGCGCAGGAGGCAUAAGAAACGGAUCCAGGAGGUGAGCGAGCCCACCAAGGAGGAGAAGGCAGUGGCCAAGUUCCUACGUUUCAACUGCCCCACCAAGUCCACUAACAUGAUGGGCCAUCGGGUGGACUACUUCAUCGCCUCCAAGGCGGUAGACUGUCUGCUGGACUCCAAGUGGGCCAAGGCCAAGAAGGGAGAGGAGGCUGUGUUCACCACCAGAGACUCCGUGGUGGACUACUGCAAUAGGCUGUUGAAGAAGCAGUUCUUCCACCGCGCUCUGAAAGUCAUGAAGAAGAAGCCAGAGAAGGACAUGAAGAAAGAUAAGGAGAAAGAGAAGGCUAAGGGCGACAGCGGCAAGGAGGAGGAGAAGAAGGGGAAGAAAGAGAAGAAGGAUUCCAAGGAUGCCGAGGCUUCAGAUGCAAAGAAGGAGAAGAGUGAUGAUAGCCCCGGAAUGCCAAAGAAGAAAAAAGAUGCGAAGAAGAAGUUCAAACUUGAGCCUCAUGAGGACCAGCUCUUCCUGGAUGGGAAUGAGGUGUUUGUUUGGAUCUAUGAUCCAGUCCAUUUUAAAACCUUUGCCAUGGGACUGAUUCUGGUAAUUGCAGUGAUUGCGGCCACUCUUUUCCCACUGUGGCCGGCCGAGAUGCGUGUGGGUGUGUACUACCUGAGCGUGGCAGCAGGCUGUUUCGUGGCCAGUAUACUGCUGUUAGCUGUUGCUCGCUGCAUCCUGUUCCUGAUCAUCUGGGUGGUGACGGGCGGUCGCCACCACUUCUGGUUCCUGCCCAACCUGACUGCCGACGUAGGCUUCAUCGACUCCUUCCGCCCGCUCUACACGCACGAGUACAAGGGCCCACGGGGCUACAGCAAGAAGAGCCCGGACAAGACGGAGGGCAAGACCACCGAUGCAGACGCAGCCAAGGCCCAGAAGUCAGACAGCGAGGAGAAGGGUGACGAAGAGGAAGCAGAAGAGGUGGAACGAGAGGAGGGUGAGGGCACAGCGCCGAAAGGGACGGAAGAAAGCGAGAUGACUGAGGCAGCGGGGACGUUGACGAGCACCGCCGAGCGCCACUCGGACACGGACAGCGACCGCCGGGAGGACGAGGGCUCGCAGCACAGCAACGGAAACGACUUUGAGAUGAUCACCCGCGAAGAGCUGGAGCAGCACACGGAAGGGGAAGGAGAGGGGGAAAGAGGAGUGGAGGAGAAGGGAGACGGUGAGGCAAAGCCCUUGUCUGUUCAAACAUAAACAUUAUCACUACCACCACCUCCUUCUCCUCCUCUGAAGGAUCUCCUCCAGGUCCUCUCUCAACCUCGCUGAGGAGACACCUCCCCAUCUUGUCUGCUCCGAUCUUCCACUAACUAUACUGUACCACGUCUGUCUUGGUAUUGACACCGGUGAAACGAAGCAAACGGCUAUGACAAUGGAUAAGAGAAGAUAAAAAAAAAAAACCGCCUUAUUGUGGUUCUGAAAUUAUUUCAACUGAGAAAUGCAAACUGAGAAAUGCAAACUAACUCAACAGACGUGCUUGUCUGAUGAAGUUGUCACGAUAGUUCUCCCGAUGUUUUCCCAAUUUUUUUUGCUACUUACGUUAUGACUUUGUUAUCCCAUAUCAUCCUAGUUCAGAAAGACUCAUCUGCUCUACAUGUUAUGUUCGCUAUAGCUACAAUGGUCCCUUGUAUGUCUUAUUUUUGUACGUGAGGCAAAGUUUUUAGUCAAUCUCCACAGAUGAGGGAAUUGUAGAACUAUGGAAUCCUUGUUUUGACAGGGUAAAUUACUGCCGUCUUCUCUACCUGUCCCUCAAAUCCUGACUGUGGUCUUAUGAAAGAUGUGUGAUUGGUACAAUCGAAGUAAAGUUGAGCCCAGUGUCGUGUCCAGUAGGCACGUUUUCCGUACUCAAACCAACCCUUUCCUUUGGGCCAUUGUAACACAACUGGGCCAAGUGUCCUGUACUGGCAGCGGCAUCUGGCCCUCUGUACACGGUUCAGCUCUUGUUUUUGGACUAAAGCCAGAAUCUGAUCUCUCGUAUGCAGCCGUCACGUUACAAUUAACCAACCGUUGGCUGCGCCAAUAUAACUAAUCUGGAUGGACCAGAAUCUGUAGUUUCUCCCCCAGCCUUGUUUUCUUUUGCAAUACUUUCUAUUUUCAAUGAGAAAUGCUGUUUGCAGGGUUGAUCAUGAUCAUCGUGCAGUUCUGUACACACAUAAAAUCAGAGUUUCGCAAGAGUCAUGUCCAUUACAUUUUAAGUGUAAUACUGAUCAUCUAAAAUAUUCCUUACUAGAAUAACUUUAUUUGAGGCCACACAUAUGCAGACAGCAAAGAUAGAAUGGAAAAACGGUUUGAGGUUUGUAUGCGCCAUUUAGAGUGAGGCGUCAAAAUGAAAUAGUGCCAAACACGUAAAUUGAUGUUACAAUGCAUGCUGUUUUCAUACGACAUGUCAAAAGUGUCAGCAAGAGAUUUUGGUACAAUUAUUCAUUUUUGUAACUAGUGUCAAAUUCCAAACCUUUUGAACGCAGAGCAGUAUAGGAGCCAGGACAUUGGUUUGUGGACUUCGAUCCCGUUCUCCCUUCAGUUCUAUCUAAGCCAUGCAAAGCAGACAGUGUACUUAAUACUAUUACAAACUAUCGUAUAAUGAGUAUGGUAGGCUUGUUGUCAGUUGAACUCGGAUGCCCAUCCUUUCAUGAUUGCGUUUGUUGUGUUGCCUUCAUUGGUAUUCUAGUCAAGCUAACACGACGAUGAAGACCCCUGUGAAUGCAUGGAGACUCCAUUUGAAACCAGAUGGGGUUGUGGUCCAAUUCUCAAUUGUUGCAUAAUGUGGGCUGUGGUCCAAGACUGUCCAUUCGUAAGGUCAAAUUUUUUUACUCAUAGUGAGGAUAAAAUAGAUAAAUGUAUCAUUUAUAUAAUGAUAUCUAUUGAUAUAUCAAGUGUGUGUGUAUGUAUGGGUGUAUAUAUAUGUGUGUGUAUAUAUAUGUGUGUGUAUAUAUAUGUGUGUAUGUAUAUAUAUGUGUGUAUGUAUAUGUAUAUGUGUGUAUAUAUACACACACACACACACAAACUUAGUCUGAAAAAUGUUGAACCUACUUUGUUCAACCUGAACAAACAUUUUUGUUUAGGUAUUUGGUAUCAAGACUUCUUUUCAUCAUAAUUUAUUUGUAUUUUUAUUCAACUUUUUUUUGCUAUAAUUUUGACCUCCAAUAGACAUAUUGUCAAGAGUGUACUGUACUCUUUAUUGGGGACUUUCAAACACUAGAAAUGUGGAUUAUGUUAUGUGUGGAUCAGAUGGGCUACCUAAUUUUUGUUUUAUUUUAUAUUGAUCGAUUUUACACUGUCAUUUCUUUGAAUGUGUGAAGAGUAAUGUAGCUAGUUUGUCCAUGUGGCUACUUACUGUAAGUCACGUUAGAAUAGUGAAUGAUUAACUAGUGGUUGAGAAACUCAUUGGCAGUGGCUUGCAUAACAUUUAUAUUGCUGUUCCACACAAAAUGUGCUGGGUGGAAAGUUCUCCCCCACAGUGAAAUGGUAGAGCAGAACUUGAGAGCAAGGGGGGGAAAAAAGUCACUCGAUGGCUUUGAUAUCACGCACCCUACACAGAUCGACCCAAUGUAGUCGACUGAGGAGUAUCUUCGAGACACUCAUAUCACACUAUUUUGUAGUGCCGGCUUGUUCCUGGAACUAUGCUGGAUGUGUAACCAGACAGGCGGCAGUACAUCUCUGUUCAGGCUCACUAGUGUGAAAAAGGCUACAAGUACUCAGUCUUGCUUUCCUGUUCUAAGAGCAUGUUAACCUCAGAUUUUUAGGCCUCCAGCUGGUUUCUUCAUCUGACGUGUUUCCCUGAACUCUUCUCAACAGCGUGUAGCUUUUUGUCUUUUUCUAAGUAUGUUUGUUUUAAUUGCUUUUCUGUUUCCUGAUGUCUUCUGGAAAGCGAGGUGCCAGUAGCUGUAUUAUGAAUUUUGGCUUUUUCAUGAAAAUCUCAAAUUGUUCUUUUGAGUGUUCUUCGUGCACAGUCUGUUGUAUAUUGUAGUAUUAAACUAUGCUGCUUUUUCCCAUCAAAAUACAUGCUCUAUCUGGUCAAAAUGUCUUUAGUCAUGUAGUUGUCCAUAUUUGCAUCAAUAUCAGAGAGACUGUCUCUUGCAAUAUUGGAAUAUAAUUUAAUUGUAUAUCUGUAUCUUAUCAUUGCAAUAAAUAUAGAACGCAA